GUCGCCGACGGCAGCCAGCCUGUCUAUCCGCCACCACCACCAUGGUCGGAGCUAACGACGCAGAGAGUGCAAUAGAUUUGAGCUGUGACGAAGAUUUGAUGGUGUUGGCAAUGCUCAACGAUCACAUCAUCCCACAGCUCACGGUGGCCACCAUGAAGGACAUCCUCGCUGAGCUCCUGCAGAAGGAGUGCGACCACCGACCCGACGUCACCUACAUCUGCACAGUGCAGCGCGACGGCAUGGAAGCAUCGUGGCGCGUGCGCAUUGCUGAGUGGAUGGUGGCCAUCUCGACAGAGUUCGAGUUCGCAACAGUUACCACGGACCUUGCGCUCAACUACCUCGACCGACAUCUUUCGCGAAGAUCCGUAUCGCAGCACAACCUGCAGCUCGUCGGACUUGUUGCGCUCUUGGUCGCGUCCAAGUUCCACGAGCCCGAUGCGUUGCUUGUCGCGGAGGCGGCCAACUUGGCACAUUUGGCUGGAUUUACCCCCGACACUAUUCGGAGUAUGGAGACGUCCAUGCUUGAUGUCCUUGAGUGGAAUCUCCACAUUGUCGUCCCGAUUCACUUUGUAGAGUGCUUCGUGGUCGAGUUAUCGCCAGACGAUUCGUCGCGCUUGGGCGAAGCGUGCCUCCCUUUCCUCGCCGCCAGUCGGAUGUCGCACGAAAUGCUAGCGUUCUUGCCAUCCGAAAUCGCGGUUGCUAUUGUUACCUUGGCGUGUCAGGUCACGGGUCAUCAUGCAUCUUGCGCCAGUGUUAUUGCGUCGCUUACGCAGCUUGUGCCUGCAACGACUACAGCCAAGGUUGAGCGUUGUCUGCAGAUUCUCGCCCAGUGCAUCGAUAUGGCAUCAACUACUCUGUCGUUGAAGCGAGACCGGUCGCCAAGUCCAUUGGGCGUGGAAGGCCUCGUCCUUGGCGAGUGUGCCGACGACCACCAGUCCACGUUUUGUCCGUUGGUCAAGCGACCCAAGUGUCAUCUGUAGAAGCGAUAGUACCGAGUAGAAACCCUAUGUAUACGUGGCUGACAUCAGGAUGGAUGGACGGCCACGUCAAAGUUUGUAAAAAGAAAUAGAUCCAACCGCACAUGCGUG